AUGGCUAAGGCGAUGCUUGAUGUCUUUCAUUCUUCCGAUGAUACCGCGGCUGCCAUCGUCAGAAACGCUCUGUUGGUCUUCUCUGUUGAGGGUGUUAUUGUCAUUGUCAUUGUUGUUGUUGUUAUGAUCCUCCUCUUACUCAUCCUCUUCAUCAUCGCCUGCAAAUUCAAGCCAUGGCGUCGUUUUCUCUCUUCUCCCUCUUCCUCCUCCGCCUCCUCUCGUUCUCGCAUCAUCAAGGCUGAUGACCUUGAGAGACCUCUAAUUUCAGAAGAUCCAAAUACAGCUUCUGGCCAGAGAACCAGAAUCUAUGCUUCACAAGAACCAGACCUUCAAACUUUAGGGAGCAUCAGCUCACGAUGGACGCAGGAACCUACCCCUAACCAGAUAACUUCUCCAUUUCCCCAGCUAACACAUAGUGAUAGUUUUGUUCUUGAUAUUCCCGAUACUUCAGAAGAAAAUGUAGUUGGUCAGACACUGAAGCGUCCUCUUGUGACAAAUCAACUUGUUGAAGCACAAAAGGCUGGUAGAAAAGAUGAUUUGAAGUUUAUCCCGAGAUUUGAUGUAGACACCCACAGAGAAUUCCUUCAAAAAUAUAAAGCAGAUCAAAGAAGCAUUCUGAUACUAGAGGUUAUAUCAGGGCCGUCACGUGGAAAUCGUUAUUCUGUAAAGUCAACAGAUACUUCUGGUUUGCCCCUAACUCUUGGAAGAGUUCCGCCUAGUAAUUUGGUGGUCAAGGAUUCAGAAGUUUCUGGCAAACACGCCCAGAUAAGCUGGAACUCCAAUAAAUUGAAGUGGGAGCUGGUUGACAUGGGGAGCCUAAAUGGAACAUUUUUAAAUUCUCACGCCAUUCACCAUCUUUCUGGAAGCAGGCAUUGGGGUGAUCCAGUUGAGCUCUCUAGUGGAGACACAAUAACCCUUGGCACAACAUCAGAGAUUUUUGUUCACAUAACAUCCCAAACUGAGUCCCAGAUACCACUUGGGGUUGGUUUGGCAUCAGAUCCUAUGUCCUUACGGAGAGGUGCAAAGAAGUUGCCGAUGGAAGAUGUUUGUUUUUACCAUUGGCCUCUUCCUGGGACUGAACAGUUUGGGCUGUUUGGUAUUUGUGAUGGUCAUGGCGGAGUUGGUGCUGCUAUCUCUGUUAGCCAGAUUCUGCCUGAGAUUAUUGCAAGCAUACUAUCUGAUCAAUUUAGAAGAGAGAACGUUUUGCAAAAUCAUGAUGCUUCGGAUGUUCUUAGAGAGGCAUUUGCUCAGACAGAAGCAUGUAUAAAUCAUUACUAUGAGGGCUGCACUGCAACGGCUGUUCUGGUUUGGGCUGCCGAUAAUGAAAGCUUCUAUGUGCAGUGUGCAAAUGUGGGAGACUCUGCUUGCUUUAUAAACACUGAUGGCCAGGUGGUGAAGUUGACAGAAGACCAUAGAGUAACCAGUUAUUCUGAAAGACUCCGCAUCCAGGGCAUAGGGGAACCCUUGAGAGACGGAGAAACCCGACUCUGUGGCCUCAACCUUGCUCGGAUGCUUGGAGAUAAAUUUCUUAAACAGCAGGAUUCUCGGUUUAGCUCUGAACCUUAUAUCAGUCAAGCUUUGUAUAUACAUCAAUCCAGCAGGAGCUUCGCGCUUCUAGCUAGUGAUGGCUUUUGGGAUGUUGUAAAUGUGAAGAAAGCAGUUCAGCUCGUAAACCAGGCGAGGGAGAGAAAUGAAGGCGACCGAGAUGCUUCAGCAGAAAAAAUAGCAAACAUUCUGCUGGGUGAAGCCAGAACCCAGCGCACAAAGGAUAACACAUCUAUAAUUUUCUUAGACUUUGACAAUACAAACAGAAUUGAUUCUUCUUAA